AUGAUAGAAAGUGACAUCACGACCAUAAUGUCGGGAAUCAUUAGAAAUUCUGGGCACAAUCUUCAUCCUUCUCCGCAGGAAUACAGGCUCCUGGAAUCGUCCCGGGCGGCGGAGGAUGAGCUGCCCAGCGACCUGCAGUCUCUGUCCUGGCUGACGGCAGUGGACGUGCCGCGGCUGCAGCAGAUGGCCAGCGGCCGGAUGGACUUCGGCCCCGGGGCGGUGCUGCCCCAGACAGGUCCUGUGGCCGCCGGCGUGCUCGCAGCGGGUGCCCCGGGCACCAUCGGCCACGUGCCGGGCACCGUGCCCGCCCAGGGGAUCCUGGGGCUCAGCAGCAUCGGGCCCCACGGAGCCAGCAUGAGCCAGUACCCCCUGGGGGGCCAGGACCCGCCCCAGCUCUACCAGGCGCCCCCACAGCCGCCAUUCACCCUGGCCCAGGGCGCGCCCCAGUGUUCCCCUGCAGGGAUGUACAGUGUCUCCUUCGGGGCGCAGCCUCCGUUCCCCCAGCCCCGCCUCCCCUCGCACUCGGCUCAGGACCUGCACCCCAAGCACUACCCCAAGCCCAUCUACUCGUACAGCUGCCUCAUCGCCAUGGCCUUGAAGAACAGCAAGACGGGCAGCCUGCCGGUCAGCGAGAUCUACAGCUUCAUGAAGGAGCACUUCCCCUACUUCAAGGUGAGGCUGGGCGCCGGUCAGCGGGGGCUGGUC